UUGAGAUGACGGACAUUCAAUGAGGUAACAGGAUGCAAAUUUAACAUCCCUUAUCAUAAUGCUCAUACCGAGGUAGAGACGUAAUGUAAGAAAUGGUACAACUCCCAAAGCAACUACAAAAUUGCAUUUCCAUUCACCCCAUAACUCCCUAUAUAUACCAACUCGUUUUCAACUCUCAAUUCAGGUUUCCUAUCCUAUCGAUUCUCAUCUAAAUAUCCAACUCUGUUCUCAAUUAUACACUCGCUAAAUUAAGAAUGCCAACCACUGUGGAGGAUGUCACUACAAAGGCUGAGAUGGUGGAGACCGAGCCCAAGUCCGGGGUUGCUAUCAAUUCAACUGUAGUCCACCAUAAGGACAAUGAGGCUGAACCCAAGGUUGAACCAAACAGUUCUGUGAAGAAGGAAGGAGAAGAGAACAAGAAAGACGAGGCUAAGGCGGAUGAAGUUGAAGCCAAAACUGGGAUUUCUUUUCCAGGUAAGUUGGAUGAUGGGAAGCUGCUGAAAGCUGUUGGUUUGAGAAAGAAGAGUAUGCUUGGCAUGGGCAUCAAAAUUUAUGCCUUUGGGAUAUAUGCAGACAAUGAGAAAUUGAGAGAACUUGUAACAAGAAAAGUUGGGAGAGCCCCGUCGAAACCAACAAAGGAAAUGUAUCAAAUGGUGGUUGACAGUGAUGUGGGAAUGAUGGUACGACUGGUUAUUGUUUACUCCGGCCUCACCAUGAACAUGGUAAGGAAGAACUUCGACGAAGGCCUUGGAGCAGCCAUCAAAAAGCUCACUGGUGGGAAAAAUGAGGAACUCACCAAAAAGAUAAUGGGAGAAGCAUCGGACGAGAUAAAGCUCAUGCCUGGUUCUACUAUUGAGAUAUCUAGGCUUCCAGGAUACACUCUCCAAGCAAAAGUUAUGGGUGAGAUUGUGAGCACAGUUGAAAGUGAACUACUCUGCAGGGCUUACACUUACAUGUACUUGGGAGAAGAUCCUUUUGACAAAGACGCCAAGGAAAAGUUUGGGACAUCCCUUCUCUCUCUUUUCUGAGGACGGACCUGGGACUGUAUGUUCUGUUAGGAAUAAGACAAAAGGCUACGCUGUAGCACCUAAUAAUUGAUGAAUGAGAAUGUUAUGAUGAGAAAGAUGUUCUGGAAAGUCUUACUUUUCCAAAGUUUUAGAGCUUUCAAAGUAGAUCUGGAAAUAUGUACCAAGCUACCAAUCUCUGCUUUUUCCUAUAUAUAUAUAUAUAUAUACAGGAAUAUUCAU